AUGUCGGACCUUGUGGAGUCAAUGUUACAGACCCUCAAGGUCCAAAGAAACGUAAACUCUGGAAUAAAAGAGGGCCUCCCUAAAUUAACGGACCAGCUCCAACAGAUGAUGGAUCUGAAUCUAAGAAGGCUGAACCAGAGAACUGGCACUUCUGAAAAGAAGUUACCUGGCCGUAAGCGAGCUCGGAGGGCGUCCUGUCCAAGCCCUGAGGAGAAGAGCCCUAGCGACCAGAGGCCAACAAUUAGCACGAUGGAGAGGGCGACGCAGGUCUCUCCAAGAGGACUGACCAGGCCCCAGGAUGCCUCUGAGAGGGAAUUACCUCCUGAUUCCAUGCCAUCUGAGUGCUUCCGCUGCCUCGGGUACGGUCAUUCCUCCAGAAACUGCAAGGGGCCCGACCGGAGUAAAAACUGUCUUCGGUGUGGCGGAAACGACCACAAGAGGAAGGAUUGUGAUAAGUCCUGCUGCUUCCUCUGCAAAGAUAAGGGCCUCGGCGGGAACUCUCUGGGGCAUAUUCCUGGUUCUGGAAAGUGCAGCAUUGUCAAAGCUGCACUUGAAGAGGUAAAGAAGAAAGUCUCGUAG